UACUCCUGUUCCUGAGUUUCUCGUGCAACAUGGCAGUAUGGUUUCACUCAAAAACACUCAGAAAUAUCUACGAAGAUGAGGAAGAGUCUCAAAGAAAGGAUGAUCUCUCCUCAAAAAGAAACAUUGAUUACUUCUCAGACACCAACUUUUAGAAAGAAUUUGUAGCUUUAAUUGUGCCCCUGUCCAACAGUUUGAUCAUGUUGGUAGUUGCGCAUAAUAAUGAUGUAACAAGGAAGGUGGCCUUAGCGCAACCGUUCUGCAGCUAGUUUGUUCUACUGUUCUUCAAUGAUUUUCCUGGUUUUACAACAUACUUCAAUGUGAUACUUUAAGUUUAACCAUUAAACCAGAAACUAGAGUUUGAGAAAAAUAUAGGUUUUAAGUGACAUCCAGUUGAAACUGAUGGCAAUCAGGGUGAAUUUGUCCAAUGUGUUUAAUUUUUACUCAAGGUUUGGAGUUUCAGAGUAGCUGUGCUGUAGGAUGUGGGGUUGAGAAAAUGCAUUAUUCAUUCAGUUUAUGAAUUGUCCUAAUAAUGAUAUACCCUUCAUGGGGCCUCUCAUAUUCCCUUCAAUGUCUUGUAAACUGCAUUGAUAAAUCUGAAUACUGAAGUUUUGAUUUCUCUGAGCCCUUCCAUGGCUUUUGAGGCUCCAAAAAUACCUACUGCUGCCACUUCUACAAAAAUUGUUUUAUGGUCUUCAGGGGCCCGUACAUCACUUCUGAGGCCCCCGAACUACUUGGGUACCCAUGUAUGUUUUAAAUUGGAGCCUUCAACAGCCCUUUAAGGUAGCUCUUAGAUACACAUUUUAAGAACUUAGGGGUCUUAAAGAGACUGUUAAUGAUUCUACAACAAUGAAAUUGCAGAGAAAUGCAUAUCAAUCUGGGGGGAAAAUUGCUGCUGAAAAAUUCACUUUUUAGCCCUACUUUCCUCGAAAUUGGCACAUAGAAAGUUUGAUUUUGAAAUUUUGCUCUUUUUGCUCAGUAGAUCAGCAGGAUAGGCAACAAACCAUCCGAUGAAGAUGGAUGAUCAGCAACACAAAAAAUGAGGGGUGAGGGUUUGGGGUUUGCUGUGUUGUGUUUGAAAGACAUCAAGAUUGGGUGAGUAACUGAGGCCACGCUUCAAUUACUUAGUUGUAUCAUGAACCCAAGGAUCAUAAUUAACAAUGUGAUGCUUCUUCUAGAAUAUUUGAAUUUGAAAUGAAGCUUCAAUUGAACAAGAGUCAUAGGAAAAAGACGAUAAUUUUUAGGAGCACCAAAUUAGGCAUGUAUUUAUUUUUAUUUACACAAAAUCACAAACUGCAACGGAAUAAAAAUGACUGACGUACAUCAAAUAAAUUUCAUAAAUACAUUUAAGACAGCAGAGCACUGAUAAAAUACAGUGCAAAUAGGAAAAUUUUUGAUCCUUAGUGCCUAGUCUAACAAAUUCUAUUAUUUACAACAAAAAAAAAA